AUGAGUUCUACAUCAGAAACAUUAUCAAUAAAUAAAAACGUUAAACGAACCGACAUUUCUAUUCAGAACCAAAUACCAAAAUCCCGUUGUAUUGGUUCCAUGUCGAUUGAAAAACCUUCAAGUUUUAACGAUAUAUCUCGUCAUCAACAAACGUCGUUUAAUAGAAAAAUAGCUACAAUGAACGGUUUAAAUCGAAAAAAUUCUCAAAAUAAUAGUGAUUAUACUUCAUCGACACGUCGUUCAUUAUCACCAAAAUUUAAUACAAAUAUUCAACGUUCACAAACACACUAUCAUUAUGGUGCACCAGUAUCCUAUACAAAAACACUAGAAAAAUUAACAAAAACAAAUCAUGUAGACCCAAAUCUCACAACACCAACGACACAAUCACGUCCAUUAACUUCAAACGGUCUUCAUUGUGAUGUAAAGAAAUCAAAUAGUACUGAUAGUGAGCUAUUGAUUUUUACUGCUAUUACUCCGUCACCAGCAGCAACGCCGUCCGACGAUAGUGAUGAGUCGAAAAAAAGUGUUAUUGUUUCAAACGAAGUUGAAUCCCAAAUCAGUAUCAGUACGCCUAAUGGCAACCAUUCGUAUAAAGAUAGUGAGAGCGAAGACGAACCAGCAGCACCAUUGAACGUUAGUGCUUCAUCGAGUAACGACGAAGAGGAAGCGGAUGAACAGGAAGAUGAUACACCAGCUAAAGUUCGGCGAUUUCAAAAAACUCGUAAAACAAGUUUUAAUGGUACAAAUAGUAGUAAUAAUCUUGAUAGAACUCCAGCAUCGUCUACAUUACGCCUUGGUCGCAAAAGUGCAAGAUCUAAAACAAUGAAAGGAAGUGAUAAUGAAAUUACAAACAAUAUAACAGCAGAUGAACGUCAACAAUCAUCGUCAAAUGAAGAGGAAAAUGAUAAUAAUAUUAUACGCAAUAGUAUUGGAAAUACAAAUGAGAAUGAUAUUUUAUUAAAAAGAAAAUAUUCAAACAAGAAAAGUUUGCAACCGACAACAACAACGACGACGACAACAGACGACGAUUACGGCUGUCGACAUUAUCAUCAUCAUCAUCAUCACUAUCAUCCGCUAAAUGAAAAAAUGAGUCCAUCAAAUACUCUAACAAAACAGUUUAACAAUAACAGUAGUCAUUCAGAUGAAACAUCUACAUCAAAGAUAGAACCAGAUACAUCUAUCAAUUGUCCGAUACAAGCUAUAAAUAAACAGAAUAAUUUAGCUAGUAACACUAAAAAACCAAAACGUUUUGAAAUAAAAUCGAUUCGAAAAUCACAACAACAUUUAAUAUUAGCUAAGGCAGCAAAAUCAUCAAACGAAGAAGAUAGUAGUGCACCAGCACCAGUGAAUCGUAGACAUAUGAAUACGCCUACGACAGAUUGUGAUAAUGUUACAGAUACAAAUAGUCCUAUAGCAUCAGAAAUUGUUUGUGCAGCAGCUACGGUACUAAAUAAUUCCGAAUUAGUACCACCUGUCGUUACAUCACAACCAAUCAAUAAUCACGAGUCGGCUGAAGAUGAACGUCAUUUAGAUGAUGAAGAUGAACAACCAGUGGCAAAAAGUCCAGAUAAUCGUUUUGUUAAAUUUGCAAAAGAAAUUGGUCGUGGUGCGUUUAAAACGGUUUAUCGUGGUUUAGAUACUGAAGCAGGAAUACCUGUUGCGUGGUGUGAAUUACAGGAUUUUGCUCAAUUUGAUAAACAUGAACGUGCUCGGUUCAAAGAUGAAGCUGAAAUGUUAAAAAAGUUACAACAUCCGAAUAUUGUACGUUUUUUUGAUUUUUGGGAAGAAACAAAUUCACGAACAAACAAAAAAGUUAUUAUACUUGUCACAGAAUUAAUGACGUCUGGCUCCUUGAAAAGCUACAUCAAAAAAUUUAAAGGUCAACAAGAACAAAAACGUAUUAAUGUGAUGAAAAAAUGGUGUCGACAAAUUCUGAAAGGUUUAGCUUAUUUACAUAGUCGUAAUCCAUCUGUGAUUCAUCGUGAUUUAAAAUGUGAUAAUGUGUUUAUAACAGGCAAUACUGGUUCAGUGAAAAUUGGUGAUCUUGGCUUGGCAACAUUUAAAACUCAAACAUUUGCUAAAAGCAUGAGAGGGACAAUGGAAUUUAUGGCACCAGAGAUGUUUGAUGAAAACUAUGAUGAACUAGUUGAUAUCUAUUCGUUUGGUUUAUGUAUGCUGGAAAUGAUAACAGGCGAAUAUCCGUAUAUUGAAUGUAAAUUUCCCACAGCUGUUAUUAAACGUGUCACGGCUGGAUUGAGACCGGAUUGUUACUAUAAAGUUGAAAACGAAGAUGUUCGAGAAGUAAUCGAUUGUUGUAUCAGAAAAUGUAAAGAAGAACGACUGCCGGUUAAUGAAUUAUUACAGCAUAGUUUCUUCAUGGAUGAAAACGGUUUACGUAUCGAUUUUGUUCGAGAAGAUUCAAAUAUAAUUGUUAAAAACGACACUAUCGAUUUGAAAUUAAAAAUAAUUGAUAAGAACAAACGUAAAGCAUUGUGGACCGAACAUGAAGCUCUUAGAUUUCAUUUUAAUUUAAAAACGGAUACAGCUGAACAAAUAGCAACUGAAUUAAUGGCUAAAAAAUAUAUAUUUGAAGAAGACAAAAAAUUUGUCAUACAGUCGAUUAAAGAUCGACUAAGAGCGUAUCAUUAUGAACAAUUGGAUCAUCAACGUGGUAUAUUUACUAAAGAAACAGAAAAAGGGACGGUGAAUGUUCUUCAGACGAAUCAAACACCAGUCGCACCCAAUGUUCAACCCUCACCACCUGUUCUUCAGGUGGAAGAAAAAACUCAACAAACGGCACCACCCACAGGCUCUUCGGCAGUUUCAAGUCUUGUUUGUACAAAUGGACAAUCAGUUGAACAACAACAGCUUGCUCAACAACAUCAGCUUUUCCAGUAUAUGAUAUAUCAUGAUAGCAUGCAUCGUCAUGCUUUACAUGCAAAUGAUCCUCAACAGCAAUCCGCCUCUAUUCUGCCACCUAUAGGACGACCACCAAGUUUAAUCGAAUUAGAAAAUGAGACGAAUAUACGUAAUGAGACGAAUAUACGUAAUGCCGCAAUACAAGCGGCCAAUCAGCAUCAUCACAAUUGUCAUCCGCAUCAUCCCAGUCAUAAUAAAAACCCAUUAAUCCAACAUAAACAGCCACCUUCUCAUGCCGGUAUUACAACUGUACCAAUGCCACUGCAUACGAAUGCUGCUCAAGUAAUCACAACGACAGCCAUGUCAUUACCUGACACCGCACCAACAAUGGUCGCCUCGUCAAUUACGAACCAGCCGACUGCAUCUACGACUACAGUGAAUUCAACUAUUGAACCACCUUUGAUUAGCACGUCCCAACCAGUAUCAACUCCAAACGUUGUACUUCCGUCUACGUCCGAUGUUAUUCCACCACCACAAUCGAGCACAGCCCCUAGUACUCAAACACAACAUCAAGUGGCUGCAAGUCUAGAAGAAUUAGAGGCAUUGUUAGCAAAAACAUUUUCGAAAAAAAGUGCUGCAUUAGGCAGUGAUGGUGAACAGACACAACAACCACUAAAUCAGUCAGUAUCAUCCACUUCAACUGGCAUUCAACAAAACAAUGAUGAGACAAAUACAAAAACUUUAGAACAAUCAGAACACCAGCAAAAUGUUGCGAAUGAUCAGAAGGUGGAUACACUCAUACCAACCGUAAAACAAGAUAAUAAUGAACAAAAUAAUAUUAUAUCGAAACACGUUCUAAAUUCGAUUGAAGCUCCUCAACAACAGCAACAAUCUUCAACUGUUAUAUCUAUUCAAAAAAAUUUAAGUGAACCAGUGUUUUCGCAAUCUGAAACAACCUCAGGUGAGCGAUGCACUUUAAUUAAAGAAUACUACCGCAAAAAAUAUGCAGCUAUGAGAGACAUGUUUGAGAUAGGUAACGGUCAGUUGAUUGAACAGAAACAACCACUUGUUCCACUGUCGUUACAUACCAAUUCUGCUCAAGCACUUAACACGAUAGCCAUGUCAUCACCCGUUAGCGCAGUACCAACAGUAACAUUGACGCAUACAAGUCAACCAUCUACGACUACAUCGACAAUAAUAAAUUCUUCGAACGGUGACGCGCCUGUUUUGUGUACGCCUUUACCAGCACAAUUAUCGAAUGUCCAGCUACCAGUGGCAACUGAUGGUCAAUCAUCAUCGUGUACAGCGUCUAACACAGCACAGCAUCAAGUCGCCGCUAGCCUCGAAGAAUUGGGAGCCUUAUUAACAAAGACGUUUUCAAAGAAAGCUGCUGCACAAGGAAGUGAUAGUGAACAAACACAACAGCAAACUCAAUCUCUACCAUCUGUUCAACAAAACAAUGAUGAAGCAAGUUUAAAAUCUUUAGAACAAUUGGAUCAGCAGCAAACUUCAGUCAAUCAUCAAAAGAGUGAUACAUUGAGGAAACAAAACGAUAGUGAACAAAAUAUUUGCACGAUAAUACCAAAACUGGUUGGACGUUUCACAGUAGAAAAAGAACAGCUGAAUAACAUUCAAAUGAAUAUCAAUAAAACAGAUAUAGUACCAAAACAUAUCGAAGGUGAAAGACACACAAAUGAAGGUAAUGGAGAUGUAAAACCAAUAGUGGUAAACGAUUUAAUUACGGCUGAAAAAACAGCAACAAUGCAGAUAGGAAAACAACAAGAACAUCAGUAUCAGCUGGAUCGACAAAAGUCGAUCAUAAAUAAUAAUCAGUUUAAUCAACUGGCCCUAUUGAGCAAACCGAAUUUGUGUGAGAUGGCUUUUGCUGCGGAUGCCCUUUCAGUGAAUGAUGAAGCGUUCGAACAAAUGUUGGCAAGACAUCGUUUGGAAUUAUUAGAUUUAGUUAGUAGACAAAGUCAAGAAUUACGAACAUAUAUGGUACAAAAAACCAUUCAUGCAAAUACAAUUGAUCGUCAGUUUGAACCAUCAAUAAAUGCAUUUAAUGCUUCACGUCGGGCAUCGUUAUCAACAACAUCACCAUGUGCUGAUCGUGCUUUAUUAGCCGAUUUUGCCAAACGCCAUCGUAAUCUAUCCACAAGUUCUCAAGCAUUAUCUUCGUCUCAAAAUCUUAUUUCACAUGGUCUUACUCAUAUUUUACCUGAAGAAACGUGUAAUGAUGAUUGUACUGAUAUGACCACUCCCACAGGAUCAGCUCCAACAUCAUCAUCAACAAUCGUUGUACCCAGCAAUAUUUCAGCAAAUGACACCUUAAAUUCCACAUCCUCUUCUAUCGCAUCGUCAGUACCACAGAACUUCAGCGGCAAUGAUCAAAAUGAAAUAUCAUCUAAAAGGAUAUGCUCGUCACAUAUAAAUAAUAGGACCGUCAAUUCUUUGACACUAGAUCAACAGAAAGUCGAACUAACUUCACCAUGUUCAUUGACGGAUAUAAAUAUUGAUGGAAAUCAACAACAAAUGAUUAAUGAAAACAGGACGUAG